AUGAUGUCGGGCAACGGCGCCGCUCAAAGAUCGGAAGUUGUUGAAGAACCAGAGUCAGAAUUCGCGGAAGCCGUUCCGCGUUUGGAGGGAUACCACCCUGUCCAAUGUAUACAUCGCCGACUCUUGCCUAGAAGACCCGGAAGAGAUGCGGCGUUGGAACAAUACUGCUCCCUUCAUGCUUCCGAGUCCGGAAACCCAGACACGCUUAUCCUUACCCCCAUCGUGGCUCCAGGCGCGUCGCUACCCUACUACCAUCCCUCCGUAUCGCACAUUGCGUUCCGCUACAUCCAUUCGCCCAUAAACACCGAUACUUUGCCCAGGCUCCGUAUCGAAGCACUCCCUUUGCCAAAUACCCCGACGGAUCCAAACUCCCGCUUAUACCGCACCUGUCUAGCCCUCCUAGAAACACUCCAUCGAUAUGGAUGGGGCGCAAUGACAAAUUACAAGAAGCGGGUCCAGCACGACUGUUUAGUCUUGCGGGAGGCUUAUCAGGAUCUGUACCUAGUUAUGAGGGAGCGACACAAUUCGCUGGUGGAUACGUGGCAGGAAGUUACGGAUCCAUUGAAGCAUGUUUUCGAGGAUAUUGGGAUCGCAACCUACUUGAUGCUCUUGUGGAAGGACACCUUCUCGACUUCGGGAUCAACGAUGGUCGAUUCGGCUGAAGAACCCUGGAAGAGCUGGCCACGACCACCUGGGGGCUUUCUAGACCUGGGAUGCGGAAAUGGACUCCUCACGCAUAUCCUCACAGCAGAAGGCUACGUGGGCUCAGGCGUUGAUCUUCGGGCACGUGCGUCCUGGUCACACUACCCCAUUGAAACUCAAGCUCAGCUGCACGUCCACGCUUUCAACCCCACUGACGAAGCUCUGGAUCCAUCCUUUAUCAGCCCCAGAAACGCGUUUAUUAUUGGCAAUCACGCUGACGAAUUAACGCCCUGGAUCCCAGUCCUAGCAACGCUGCAUGAUGCAGCUGGGUACCUCUCCAUCCCGUGUUGUGCGUGGAAGUUCGAUACUAAAUUCGAAAGGGACAGUUCAUCUGUGUAUCCACUACCUGAGGGUUUUGGGAUGACGAUGGAGCAGUUUACCGAGAGCCUUAACCUUGGUGGGGAUGGGAGCAACGCUAGCUCGUAUUCGAUGUAUCGGAUCUGGCUGGCAACGCUGAGUGUGCAUUGCGGGUGGGUGGUGGAGUGUGAGACGUUGAGGAUUCCGAGUACGAGGAACUGGGCGGUUGUUGGUGUGUUGCUGCGUCUUUCUCUCUGCUCUAUCUCGUGCUCAUGGCGUUUAUGUAUCUUUAGGUCG